AGACUUAACCAACGAACAAAGCUAUCAAACGUCAACAAUUUUUAACCUCAAAUAAUUAAUAGUGUAGUUAAUCAGUUAAUUUGAUAGAAGCAUAGUGAAAAUGAAAAUCGGAAAGGCGGCUAAUAUGAUGCCUAAUUCAGGAGCAGUUUACGUUACUGCAUCAAAUCUCCCAACCGGUAUAAUAUAUAAAAACAAAGCUCUACUUUCUAGUCAGAACUAUUGGCAUAAAUUUAUCGUUUGCAAUGCUGCGUCUACAUCUCGAAAUGAUAUAUUAGAUGCAAUUAUGGAACAAGUUUAUCCUAUGGACUUGAUUCCAGUAUCAUUUUGGAGAGACAAUCACGGCGCUAAUUUUUUAGCGAGGAAUUGUGAACACGCUAUAGAAAAACUUUGUAAAGAUAAUUUAGUUGUUGCUAAUCCAAAAACUAAUAAAAAAUUUCAACUCAACCUUGUAUUGAAAUUUGCUACAACAAAAGAGUUUACAAUAGACAUUAAGAAAAAUAUUUUGGCAGUUUUGACAAAAAGAUUUAAUACUUUAACUAAAGUGCUUAAUUUGGUUAAAUUCCAUGAAGAACAAGAUUUAUUAGAGUAUUGUCCACUUUCUCAACCAAAAAUAAUGUUUUUUGUACUGCAUUUAGCGAAAUCUUUAUUUCCACAUCCUGAGGUAUAUUUAUUGCAAAAUAACGGAAUCAAAAUAUUGAAUCCUUUGGAAUCCCUGUUAACACAAGUACCUUACAUCAAGAGUAUAGAUUUAAGAUAUAACAAUAUAUCGAAUAUCGAUAAUUUACAUUAUUUGAAUAUUUUCAAAUUGACUGAAUUGUAUUUAGACGGAAAUCCUUUCUGUGAAAAGCUAUCUGUAGACGAGUAUGUUAAAUUAAUAACCAAUACAGUUAAAGGACUUAGAAAGUUAGAUGGUCAACUUUUGAAAUUAGACAAUUUACCUGUUGCUAAACGUAAUUAUUUCUGCAAUUUUCAAGUGGCCCCUUUAGUGAAUCAAUUUUUAGAACAUUUUUAUCACGUUUACGAUUCGAAUAAUAGGGAAGGUUUGAAGGAAUUGUAUCAUAAAGACGCUAUGCUUUCACUAAAUUCCACUUAUUACCCAAAUCAAGUGACAUCUAUAAGCGCAAGGAUACACACCUACAGUCAAAUAUCGAGAAAUUUGCAAAAAUUAGCAAAUUUUUCGAUGAUGCAUAACAAUUUAUAUUUAGGAAAUCAACAAAUCGCGAAUAUUUUGUUAAAUUUACCAGCUACACAACACGAUCCUUAUUCUUUUACAGUAGACGUUAUGAGUUAUACAAAUAGUUCCAUUAUUUUAUCAAUAUCUGGGGUGUUUAAAGAAUGUAUCGAUGGUAUUUCGACAGACGAAAGGAUAUACGGUUUUUUUAGGACAUUUGUAAUUGAAAUAAUUAAUAGGGAUGGGCUGUGUUACAUAGUAAAUGAUCAAAUUCACGUAUACAACGCUCUUUCUUGGCAAGUAAGGGAUAGUUUCAAGUACAAACAGCCCUUAAUUGAAACCCCUAGCGUUCCUCAGAAUCCAGAGGAACGAAAACACGUUUUAAAAGCCCUUAAGCUCAUCACCAACAUGAACACUCAGUGGUGCAUUAAGUAUCUAGAAGAAUGCGAUUAUGAUUUAAAAAAUACUUUGAUUAGGUUUGUAGAGUUGUUUAAUCAGGAAAAAAUUCCUGAUCACGUUUUUGAACAGCCCAAAAAUGGAGUUUGAUAUAAAUUUUAAAAAAUUUUUAUUUAUUGGUUUGAAUAAAUUGUUUUUUUUUAUAUGAAAA